CCAGAACAUGAUGAAGUUGAGCCUCUUCACGUGCCUGGACAGCCGCUCGCAGACCCUCUUCUUGCGAGCAGCCAGCGUCAGCACUUGGAGCCGUUCCACCGCUUGACGGCAUUCCUCUUCUAUUUUUAGACUGCCAUAAGGAACGAUCCUGAGCCACCUGCAUACACUGACUCCUCGCAAUGCAUUUGAGGUCGUCAUUUCAUCUAGCGGGAAGUCGUUCUAUGCUGCGUUUGUCCGUACGGGGUCGUCACUCACCUUUUUUCCCCAUCAGUGGUCGAUUCUUUGAGCUAUGUUACCAGCCCAUUGCCAAUUCAGUUUAUAUAUAAUUUUGGGCAAUGGUUACAGCUCGCUACGGUAUCAUCACGGGUCUCAUAAUGUCCACCUACGAUGUCAUGAUGUAUUCACACGCAGUCGGCUUUGGACCCAUAUUGAAAAGGUAUAUGUACCACACGGUGCCGCUGGGACUAAUGGGUGCGACCUUCGCAGUGGUCGCCAACGGCGUGCAGAGGGCGCGCGAAGUGGACGAUAUUUGGAACUACUUCAUUGGUGGUUUUUCCUGCGGCCCUAUCGCUGCUGCGUACCUAGGCAGCAAGCACGCGGUACUGCUGGGCGGCCUGGCGCUUGGAGUUAUAGGCAUGAUAAAGAAACACUCAAUUGACAACUGCUACGAUCUGAUACCCAAUCCGCCAUCCCAUAUGAACAGUGUUAGGACGUGGAGGUGGGAUUACUCGCUGGUUGCGGAUCCGAGAGAUGAUAUGCGUCACACAUGCGGCCAGCAAGACGAGAAAUAACAAUAAAUGAAUUAUAUACAUAAUUAUUAUAUAAAUAUCACUGAAUAAAAAAUAAAAUGACUAUAUUUUGCCUAAU